ACGCAGACAAAACAGACCCGCCCUCCAGCGCUUCCGCGUGCUGGCGCGAGCGUGCACGCGCAUUCCAAAACAGAGCAGCAGAAAAAAAAACAACCAAAUAAACUAACAAAAACUCUCACACACACACACACAGAUAAGCACAGAGCUGUUUCAGAGCGGCGCGCGCGCGUUGGUUUUAGGGGGGCGGCGGGUGACGUCACGGCGCGGAGGCGCGCGCGGGGCGGACUUUGUGUAGUAACAGAGCGGACUUGACCCCUGCAAGCGCUGCUCGUGCACAGGUGCGCGGGGAACCGGUCAGGUUUGUUGUGUCUGGGCGGCGCGCGGAAUCUGAUAUGGGGCUGAGACUGACGGCGCGCGGACUUAAACCCGCCCUGCUCGCGCUGACCCGCCGUAGCUCCGGACUGAGAGCCUACAGCGCGCGCAUGGAGUCCCGAGGUCUGCUGUUCCGCCAGCUGUUCGAGGCUGAGAGCAGUACGUAUUCGUAUCUGCUGGCGGAUGUUGGGAGUGGGGAGGCGGUUCUGAUUGAUCCGGUUUUGGAGACGGUGGAUCGAGAUCUGAAGCUGGUGGAGGAACUCGGACUCAAACUCAAAGUAGCCGUAAACACACACUGCCAUGCGGAUCACAUCACAGGAACUGGGUUGUUGAAGCAGAGGGUUUUCGGGUUAAAGAGCGCCAUCUCUGUUCACAGCGGAGCUUCGGCCGACAUCAUGCUGUCUGAGGGAGAUACCAUCAAAUUCGGACAACAGAGUCUGACUGUAAGGGAAACUCCGGGUCACACUGACGGUUGUGUGACGUUUGUGACGGGAGAUCAGACGAUGGCGUUCACCGGCGACGCCCUGCUGAUCCGCGGCUGCGGCCGAACCGACUUCCAGCAGGGAUGUUCAAAGAAACUGUACGAGUCUGUUCAUCAGCAGAUCUUCACUCUGCCCGGUCACUGUCUCAUUUACCCCGCCCACGACUACAAGGGUCAGACUGUGUCGUCGGUGGACGAGGAGAAGAAAUUUAAUCCUCGACUGACCAAAUCUCUGCAGGAGUUCGUAAAGAUCAUGGACAAUCUCAAUCUCCCCAAACCUGCUAAAAUAGAUAUUGCAGUGCCUGCCAACCUGGUGUGUGGACUUCACGAAGUCUGAUCUACAGGAUCCGACUCUACAGAACCUUCUUUUAAAUACUUUUUAAUAAUGAAUCAAUAAUAAUGAAUCAAUAAUAAUAAUCUAUAAUAAUGAAUCUAUAAUAAUAAUCUAUAAUAAUGAAUCUAUAAUCUUUAAUGAGUCGUUGAUUAGUUAUGAGUGUAUUUUACAGUGAAUUCGGGCCUUUAUAUAAAUAUUAUUACACUAUAUUCGUUUCUAUGGUAUAUAGUGAUGGUGCUGGUGAUGGAAUGUGAUUUCUGUAGCGCCCCCUGCCUGUCGCUUCAGUAAUAGAGCUACAUGUAUUGUAGUGUGUUGUAAUGCUAAUAAAGUGAUUGGACGGC